CCAACUGGCAUUUGUGAGCAGAGAGCAGAAAGGUGCACUGCCCCGGAAAAACUGGUCCUCCGUUCAAGGUACUGCAGAGGUGGCCUCAUUUCCCUAGGAGGCGAACUUCCUCCUGUGGGGGAAUCCCUGGCUGGGAGGAGCAGGGGCCCUUUCUCUUGGAGACCUCAGGACAUUCAUCACCCCUAGCAAACUUUCACAGAGCUCUCUCCUGUGCCAGGCGCAGAGGGUCUUCCACACUCAGCCGCGAGCCUCAACACUGCCCAGCAUAUCCCCCAUCCCUGCUCCUGGCACCAUGCCCCAUAGCCAGCCAACCUUCCCUCCCCCAACUCUGAGGCCACCCCCGCUUUCCUAAGCCCUGGCCGCUCCUCCUGGGUGUCACUGGCAGCCCUGUUCUUCCUAGAGAAACUGGCACCAAACUCUCCUGAGGCUGGGGGGCGAGUCUCAAGGUGACACUAGCCCCACAGCAGGGUACCAGAACACCAGUAGUACCCCCAGCUUGCUUUCCCCCUCCCUCCUUUUCUCAAGUUCCUUUUUAUUUCUCCCUUGCGUAACACCUUCUGCACAUUGCCUGCACCCCCACCCUCCCCAGCCACCUCCUUGCCACCCCAUUCCUGAGGCCACAGCUGUUGGCAGGGUCCCUGGCUCAUGCCAGUCUCAUCUCCUGUCUUGCUAGCCCCUAAAGGGCCCCUGGACAACAUGGGGGGCACAGUCCGAGAGUCGGCACUCUCAGUUGCUCUCUGGUUGAGUUGGGGGGCGGCUCUGGGGGCUGUGGCUUGUGCCAUUGCUCUGCUGACCCAACAAACAGAGCUGCGAAGCCUAAGGAGGGAAGUGAGCCAGCUGCAGAAGAGCGGCGGGCCCUCUCAGAAAGGGGAAGGGUAUCACUGGCAGAGCCUCCGAGAGCAGAGUCCUGAUGUCCUAGAAGCCUGGGAGAAUGGGGAGAGAUGGAGGAGAAGGAGAGCAGUGCUCACCCAAAAACGGAAGAGUGAGCCCUUGGGCACAUCAGGGGCGGGAGAGAAGCGCUCAGUUCUGCAUCUUGUUCCCAUUAACGUUACUUCCAAGGAGGAUUCUGAUGUGACAGAGGUGAUGUGGCAGACCGCUCUCAGGCGUGGGAGAGGUCUGGAGGCCCAAGGAUGCAUUGUCAGAGUCUGGGAAGCUGGAGUUUAUCUGCUGUAUAGCCAGGUCCUGUUUCAGGAUGUGACUUUCACCAUGGGUCAGGUGGUCUCUCGGAAAGGCCAGGGAAGGCAGGAGACACUAUUUCGAUGUAUACGCAGCAUGCCCUCUGACCCUGACAGGGCCUACAAUAGCUGCUACAGUGCAGGUGUCUUCCAUUUACACCAAGGGGAUACUCUCAGUGUCAUAAUUCCCCGGGCAAAGGCGAAACUUAGUCUCUCUCCACAUGGAACCUUUCUGGGGUACCCUCUACUUUUUCACCUAACAAUAAGCCGCAACCUCGCUUCUGUCUAUUGGGGACCGCUUCCGUGACUAUCUUCACAGACACAUCUAUUAUGCGUCUGUCUGCAUCGGGUGCCCGACGAUGAAGAUGGGGGGGCCCUUUGCAACCACAUUAUUCUUCGGGUCCUAAGUUUUGCCCUUCAUGCUUUCCAUUCUUGUGGCGUGGCAGGCCACCCCUCCGGGCUGGGACUGGUGCCCAGGGAGCUCUGGAUAUGUCGUAAGCUUCAGUCCUUUGAGCUCUUGUGCUCAAGCCAAGCUUAAAGUUAAAUAAAAAAGAAAGAGCGAUACUCCGACUCCGUUUCCCCUAGUAGUACCUCGACUCGGGCCAGUCCUUGUAACCGGACCUCCCUUCCCCUCCUGUCUCCGUUCCCGUGC